AUGGAGAAAGGGAAAGAGCACGCAUCUCCUAUCACACCUCCUACCACAAAUCCAUCAACAAAUUCAUCAAAUCAGAUGAUACCAAGACCAUUUUAUACAUAUUUUUCAACACCUCCUUGCAUAGAUACAUCUAUCAAUCCUGCAACUGAGUCAUCAACCUCCUCUCCGAUUGGUUUAAACACUGCAAGCUCAAGCCAUGUGGAAGAAAUUCAAGAGCCAACACCUGACUCGAGGGAGGUUGAAACUUUGUCUACGCCCUCUGAAUCCAAAGAUGACAAUGAGACCGAGACAGAAAUUGCAGUGCAUACUGAAGGGGGGGCCGAUAUCAUUGAGGAGCCGAAAUUGGGAAUGGUGUUUAACUCUGAAGAAGAGUUAAUUUCUUACUAUAAAAGCUAUGGGAAACAAUGCGAUUUUGAGAUAAUGACACAAAGGAGUCAUAGGUUUGAGAAUGGGAGGCUCAGAUAUAUCACAUUGGGUUGUGCUCGUGGUGGGAAGGCACAGAAUCGGACCACAAAUGUCGCUCGACCACAUCCGACAUCAAAGAUAGGCUGUAAUGCAAGGAUAAAUGCUACGUUUUUUGAAGGUGUGUUGAAGUUUUUGACUGUUCACAAUACCCACAAUCACGGACUAAGUCCACAAAAAUCGAGGUUCUUCCGCUGCAAUAGAGAAGUGAGUUUGUCUGUUAAGAGAAUGUUAGAUACAAAGGAUCAAGCUGGUAUCAGAAUGAACAAGAGCUUCGCCGCUCUUGUGCAAGAAGCAGGUGGGUUUGAGAACUUGUCAUUCAAUGAAAAAAAUUGUCGUAACUACAUUGACAAGGCAUGCCACAUUCGACUUGGGAAAGGUGGUGCUGGAGCCCUCCAUGAAUAUUUUGCUAGGAUGCAAUACAAGAAUAAUGGAUUCUUUUCACUACUGGAUAUAGAUGAUAAUGGGAGGUUGAAAAAUAUAUUCUGGGCAGAUGCACGGAGUAGGGCAUCAUACAAAUAUUUUGGUGAAAUUGUCACGUUUGACACCACCUAUUUGACAAAUAGGUAUGGGAUGCCGUUUGCACCAUUUGUUGGUGUAAACCACCAUGGACAGUCAAUCCUUUUGGGGGCAGGAUUGAUUUCUAAUGAGGAUACAGAAACGUUCACAUGGUUGUUUCAGAGUUGGUUGAACUGUAUGGAUGGUGAAGCUUCAAAUGCUAUUAUCACAGAUCAAGAUAGAGCCAUGAAAAAUGCAAUUGCACUUGUCUUUCCGAAUACCCGACAUCGAUUUUGUUUAUGGCACAUACUGAAGAAAGUACCUAAAAAACUCGGUUCACAUGGUGCAUACAAAGAUGGGUUGAAAAGUCAGUUGCUUAAGUGUGUGUAUGACUCUCAAACAAUAGAGGAGUUUGAGAAAUGUUGGGAAGUGAUGAUUACAACAUACAACUUGCAGGAGAAUGCUUGGACAAACUUAAAAGAAUUUGUUGAUCAAUUCGAUAAUGCAUUGAGGAAGAAGAUUGAAAAUGAAAAUGCGACUGAUUUUCACUCAUUCAACGUCACAAUUCCUGCAGUCUCUAUUUCUCCACUUGAGAAGAUAUUUCAAGCCACAUACAUCAACUCUAAAUUUAGAGAAGUUCCAAAAGAAGUAAUAGGAAUGAUUGGUGUUCUUCCAACUCUACACCGGAAGGAUGGUGUAAUUGCAACGUACCAUGUAGAAGAUGAAGUUUGUGUUGAUGAUUUCAUCAAGGAGACAUGCAUUAGCCAUUAUGAGAGUUAA